UGCCGGGAGUAGUGGUGUAUCAUUGGUAACACCUGGUAAAGCUAGUCGGCACACACUCGAGGCGAGCCUGUGGAGCGCUUCCUGCGGUUCCUAGAUCCCCGCACUGCCCUCCUAAGGGCAGGCUUUUCUGUGAGAGAGAGAAAAGGAGAAAGAAAAACAUUGACCAGCUGCAUCCCACACACACCCUGACUGGAGAUUGAACCUGUAUGUAACCUAGGAUUUCACUUUGUUGAAAUGAGCAGUCGUAAGUCAAAGAAUAACAGUUUAAUACAUGCAGAAUACAUUUCACAGUGCAUAUAAAGAGAACUCAUUUAUCUCUUCGGUAUAUGAAGAAUCAGUCCCAUGCUCUCGGUCAGGGAAAAAUAAAUAAUUUUCAAGCCUUCUUGUUGCUGUUCACGGAGCUUCCUAAGGUACAAAGAAUUUUACGUGAAAGAUUUUGUCAUCAGAGUCCACACAGCAACCUAUUUGGAGUACAAGUACAAUAUAAACACUUAAUUGAGCUGCUAAAAAGAACUGCUAUCCAUGGAGAAAGUAACUCUGUUCUCAUCAUUGGACCCCGAGGAUCAGGAAAAACUAUGUUAAUAAACCAUGCUUUGAAAGAACUAAUGGAGAUAGAAGACAUGAGCGAAAAUGUAUUACAGGUUCACCUAAAUGGACUGCUGCAGACCAGUGAUAAAAUAGCCCUAAAGGAAAUCACAAGGCAGUUAAAUCUGGAAAAUGUAGUUGGAGAUAGAGUUUUUGGAAGCUUUGCUGAAAACCUUUCAUUCAUUCUGGAAGCUUUAAAAAAAGGUGACCGGAUGAGUAGUUGUCCAGUGAUCUUCAUAUUAGACGAAUUUGAUCUUUUUGCUCAUCAUAGAAACCAGACACUCCUCUAUAACCUUUUUGACAUUUCACAGUCUGCACAGACUCCAAUAGCAGUUAUUGGUCUUACAUGUAGAUUGGAUGUUUUGGAACUCUUAGAAAAAAGAGUGAAGUCACGAUUUUCUCACCGCCAGAUACACUUAAUGAAUUCAUUUGGUUUUCCACAGUAUCUUAAAAUAUUUAAAGAACAAUUAUCUCUACCUGCGGAAGUUCCAGAUAAGCUUUUUGCUGACAAAUGGAAUGAGAAUGUUCAGUGUCUCUCUGAAGAUACAAGUGUGCGAGAAGUACUACAGAAGCAUUUCAAUGUCAGCAAAAACCUGCGGUCAUUACACAUGCUACUGAUGCUUGCUUUAAGUCAUAUAACAACAUCACACCCAUUUGUGACUGCCGCAGAUCUGAUGGAGGCACACCAGCUGUGUAGCAUGGACUCUAAAGCAAAUAUUGUACAUGGUCUGUCAGUCUUGGAAAUCUGCCUUAUAAUAGCAAUGAAACAUUUAAAUGACAUCUACGAAGAGGAGCCCUUUAAUUUUCAAAUGGUCUAUAAUGAGUUUCAGAAGUUUGUUCAAAGGAAGGCCCAUUCUGUUUAUAAUUUUGAGAAACCUGUUGUCAUGAAGGCUUUUGAACACUUACAACAAUUAGAAUUAAUAAGGCCUGUGGAAAGAACUUCAGUAAAUGCACAGAGAGAGUACCAGCUGAUGAAACUGCUUUUGGAUAAUACUCAAAUUAUGAACGCUUUGCAGAAAUACCCCAACUGUCCUACAGAUGUUAGGCAGUGGGCAACAUCCUCACUAAGCUGGUUGUGAAGCUGGUGGCUUCAGUUAUGGAGUUUCAGGCAAACUUUUCUGAAGAACUAAAAGCCGUUGUCCUUUAACAAGAUAUGUUAUUACAUUUUCAUAUAUUUAUAGGUGAUUAUUUUUGUAUUUAUGGGGGAAUGUUACACAUGUAGUAUAUUCUUGGCUGUGCCAUGCCUUUAAAUCAUGAGCAGUUAACAUGAUUUGUAUUCCAGGUAAUUCAGUCUGUGUUGUAAGAAGUUCAAAAAAAUAAAUAUGACUUUUAUAGGGAUUGAACCCUAUGUUUAACAGUUGUGGAGUAUUUGUGUAUUACAUUUGAAGUGUUCAUUUGGCCCAGCAGUUGAUGUUUUUAUAAACCUUAAACAAAGCAGUAAAGAAACAAGGGUAAGUGGUGAGAUGUAGUAAGUAACC